CGAAAAUCUGCUCACCGUUGUCGACUUCGCUCUUCCACAUUCAAUAGUACCGCUCCCUUUCGCAAAGCUAAUUUCUUGAAACAUAUUAAUCGACAACACCAUGCGGUAUUGAGAAAUCCCUUCCUAAUCACCGUCACGAAUUGGAGCCAUGGAUCGCUCAAACCCCUCACCUCCCUUAAUGUCACCCUUAGGAUCACCCGAAAUUCGAAUAUCACGACCAGAGUACGCCUCAAUACCGCAGCGCACAAGCGACGAUGAAACGUACGACUCAAGGACAGACAGGCGCUCGAGGUUCGAGGAGGCUAUCGAGCCGGGCCUUGGUAUCCAGAUGAGGCCAUUCGCAUCACCCACGUCACCAGGAAAGUCAUAUAGCCAACAAUCGACACCUAAAGCUGGCAUGUUCUCAUCCUUCUCACCAACAGCACUACGACCACUGUAUCAGAGGACGCCCGACACUCUGUACUCCUUCGGAUCUGGUAUCUCGCGUGCACGAACAGAUCCCAUGACGGAACGACUUAUCGCUCACAGGGCGACACAGUCUGCAAAAUGGAAGGUGCACUGGCGGACGCCCUCGACUAUGGUGUUUGCAUUUGUUGCUGGCAUCCUACUCGCUCUCGCACAGCACUUUUGGUACAGGUUUUUGCAUCAUCGACCUACAUACGAUGAAGACCAGAAGUUUCGUUGGGUCUUGUACGGACGCGUGCUGGCCUACUUAUCCAAAGUAGCCUUUGGUGGAUGUGUCGUACUUGUCUUUCGCCAACGCAUCUGGAGAACGUUUCGGAAGCGAGCAUUGUCUGUGCUAUCGAUUGAUCAGCUUUUUGGCGCUACGGAUGAUCCAUCGCUCUUCGCCAAUUGGGAAAUAGUCUCGAAUGCGCCGAUGGCUGUAGCCAUCGCUACUGUUUUCUGGUUGAUACCGCUUGCAACUAUCAUCUUCUCGCCCGGUGCGCUAACUUUUGGCGACUAUCUGGACACAAACGCCAUCAAUCGGAGCGUUCCUCAUAUCAACUUUAUGCAGGAGACAACCAAGGAUUGGCGGCACCCAAUACCGUACAACGCCAUCGACGACGAACUACUACCGAAGGGUGGAAACAAGAGAUCACUCAUGUACUACAAUACGACCGACAAGUCUCAGGAUCCCACCACUCCCAACUGGUUUGACUAUUACGAUCAACCUUCUGCUGAGCUCAGGCGGGUUGCUUUGCUGUUUGGGUACAAUCUAAUGAACCACUCAACGCACAGACUAGGUGCACGACAGUACGUCUGUGGGAAACCUCAGGCAGGGGGGCCAUACAAUUGCACCUUCACACAGAGUUUUAUCGCUCCAGCUUACAAGUGUGACCUGGCUGCAGAUGGUAUCGGCGAUAACAGUAGGCUAGCUGAACUUGGUGCUCCUUUCAAUACAUCAUCACUAUUGCCCGAGGGCCGCAACAUUUAUCAGGCCGAAGUAAAGCUCGGCGACUACAAACAGCCCCAGAUGGAGAACUUUCAGAAAGGUCCAGGAGGCCUCCCGGUGGGCGAGGCUCCAGCUGAUCUCGGAGUUUUCAAAGCAGAGCCGGUGCUAUGGAUUGGAUACUCGAUCAACUCAACGGAACGACUGCCCUCGGAUUCGCCUUUUAGUAAGAACUGGACACAUCGUUAUGACCCACGAAUCAUCCGAUGUGUCAUGAAUGAAGCCAAAUACACAGUGAGAUGGAACUUCACCGGGUCGUUCUUCAUGGAGAUGACAACGCUCGACUUUCUGGGCCCGGUUCUAGACACCACCUUCACACGGAACGAGAAUGGAACGCUCAAUUAUGCAGCGGACCCAGUGCCAGCUGAGAACUUCAUCAGACCUCUUCCUGACGUCGGAUUGUACAAGAAGAUAGCAGCUUACCACGCUAUGGGCGAAGUGCUCCGCGGUUUCCUCGGCGGCCAUGUCGAAUUGGAACCUCCCCUGCCUGGUCCUUCAUACGCGGUCGUGUCCUCAGAUGUGACUAAGACCCGCUUGGUUGACGUCGAGAGUCUACCAAAGAAGGAUUUUGGCAAGGUUUUGGAAGGCUUCUUCGCCGACUUGGUGCUUUCGCUGUACUCCGCGCCAGAAAUGCUUGUCGUUGAGGAUCAGGAUGUAGAGCUUACUCGCACGCAGUGGCAGUCGUCGUUCGUUUAUGUACCGAAACGGCUAUGGAUGUGCUAUGCGCCUGUCAUUUUUGUGACACUUAUCAUUCUACUAUUCGGAGUCUUCACGAUCUGGGAAGAUGGGACAACCUUCUCCACUGGCUUCUCUCGUAUACUAGUCACCACUCGAAAUACGACAUUGGACGACAUCAGCCGCGGCGCUUGUCUGGGUAACGAUCCCUUCCCUAUGGAGCUCAUGCAUACGCGAUUGAAGUUCGGAGUCUUGAGCGAAGGUAGCGAGAAUGAGUCCAUGGGCACAGAAGGCUUCCAACAUUGCGCAUUUGGAGUGGCGUCAGAAGUCGCGCCGAUCAGGCGAGGCGUACCGUAUGCAGGCCUCAGGCGGCGGAUUCAAGGUCUAAAAGUUAUUGAGGAAGAAGCCAAAACUUGAGGCUCCGGUCUAUUUCAGUAUUAAUAGCGAAUCCACUUUAAUAUUCCU